AUGGAGGAAGGCAUAAAAAAAUAUGGGAAAUCUUUCCUUCCCUACAAUUCUCUAAUCCACAGAUAAUAAAACCUUAAAUAGGAUGUAUCCUUUGAUCCUGUCUAAUCAUAUUCUGUUGAACCUAAGGUUCCUGGCUCAUAAAAAGACGCCAUCUAAUUAAUCACAGGAGACAUCCCAACAAUCUAAAAAAUUAUGCAAGCAUAAUCCUAACAAAAUCAAAGGGUUGUCUCGAAACUAUCUUUGGAUGGAGGAAUCGAGUAAUUCAAGGAUAGACAAAAAUAUAUAGAACUACUAAUCACUAAUUCUCUUGAUAGCAAAUUGCUCUAAAGACCAUUGCUAUUAGUUCCAGCCUAACAAUAAUACUUAAACUAGUUAGGGGCAUUAAUCAGUUAGUCACCUAAUGGCUCAUUCUGCCCAUUCCUUAACUUAAAUCAAAACCAUAAACAGCAGUUGCACUAAAAUUUAGAGCAAUAACAAAACACAUCAGGUAUCUGUAAUAAUACUUAACAAUCCAACUAACUCUGUAAAUAGUCAAUCAUUUUGAAGCCAAAAGCAAUAAAAUAAGAUUUACAUUUCAAAAAGGAAGAAAUAAAAUUUCUGAAUUUAGAAGAAUCUUGUUAAAGUGAAGUUAUAAGAUAAGAAGAAAGCAGUUGGAAUGAACUUCCACAACCAUCAAAGAUGAAAAAGUACUAUAAUAAGCACUCACAUGUUGAUAGUUCUGAAUCCUUCAAAAUAAUAAGGAAGAAAAAAGAAAAGAAAAUAAAUGAUACUAAAAACAUCACUAAGAAUUUUUCGAAAGCAAUCAUCUCAUAUAUUAUGAAUAACCCAGAUUUACUUAAAUCAUUUUUCUCUAAUAAACAAUAUGAUGACUUUUUGAAUUUGCUAAAGAAUAAAAAAAAUCAAAUGACUAAUAUCAAAUAAUUAAGAGACCUUUGGGUAGAUGGAGGAAAGUUUUCUGAAUUUAAUAAAGUCUUUCGAAUAAUAAGUUAAUACUUUUUAAAGAAUUAGUCAGUAGCUUACGUUUAUAACUCCAGAAUUUCUAAUACUAUUUGGCAUCUCAAGUAUCGACAAAAUUUGUUAAGAGCAUUAAAAGAGCCCGAGAAUUUUAGAUUCAUUAAGGAUCUAUGA